AUGGAUUUGUUUGCAUUAGAUCUUUCCGUUCUUUUUCUUACCGCAUCCUGUGCGAACAACGUUAAAAAGCUUUACGAAGCUUUUGACCGAAAUACAAAACAUCAAAUGCAAAGUUUUUCAAUGUUUCUUAUGAUACUUCAGACAUUUCAAAUCAAUGCUUUAAAAGCUUCUUUAAGGCUUUUUAAAACAUUGAAUCACAAACAAAAACAUUCAAAUAUUUACAUGAAAUUUUUUGUCUGA